CGCCGCCUAUUCCUCCGGCGCUUCCAUUAAACCCCGUAGCCUCCCGAUCCAGCACCCUCGAGCCCUCUCUCCGAUGGCCGCGACCACGCGGCUGCCGGGCCCUCCGGGGCGCAGCGGCCUCCUACGCCGCGGCGCGCCGCCGCGGGGAAUCGUCCCCGCCUCGCUCUCCGCCGAGCGCCCGCCCCGGCGCAUCCUCGCGCCCGGCGUCCGCGCUGUCUCCGGGAGCCCUGGACCCGGCGGAUCGCCUGUCCCGAGGCGGCCGCCUGCGCCCGCCGACGCCGCGGCCGCGGCGCCGCCCUCGCCGGCGCCCUCCGCGGCGGCGUCCGCCUCCUCGGCCAUCGAUUUCCUCACCCUCUGCCAUCGCCUCAAGACCACUAAAAGGAAAGGCUGGAUAAACCAUAGCAUAAAGGGUCCUGAGUCCAUUGCUGAUCACAUGUACCGUAUGGCCCUUAUGGCUUUGAUUGCCGGUGACCUACCUGCUGUAGAUCGAGAGAGAUGUAUAAAAAUCGCUAUUGUGCAUGACAUUGCUGAAGCUAUUGUUGGUGACAUUACUCCAUCCGACGGUAUACCUAAAGCGGAAAAAAGCCGCCGUGAACAAAAGGCUCUAAAUGAAAUGUGUGAAGUUCUUGGUGGAGGACCAAUAGCUGAUGAGAUCAAGGAGCUCUGGGAAGAAUAUGAAAAUAAUUCAUCCAUUGAAGCCAACCUUGUAAAGGAUUUUGAUAAAGUCGAAAUGAUUCUUCAAGCUCUAGAAUACGAGAAAGAACAUGGCAAAGUGUUAGAUGAGUUCUUCCUCUCGACUGCCGGCAAGUUCCAGACAGAGAUCGGCAAGAGCUGGGCUGCCGAAGUGAAUGCAAGGAGAAAACAAAGAUGCGAAAAACAGAAGUAGAAGUGGCUAGCCCUAUGUUUGAUUGCUUUAUGUAGCCUUGCUGCAAAGUGCCGUCAUGACGGGGUGGUGUGAAGAGUUUCAGGGUCCAGACUCCAGAGCCAACUUCAAUAUUAAUUUGACUGUUGCAGACUUGGUAGGAAAUAGUACUGUCCAAAACAAAGGAUCUGAGCCUGUCCAGAGUUAAGGGGCUGAAUUUGCUCUCAGAUUCGCAGUACUUACUGAGCAAUUGCUGUAUACCCCUAAUAAUUAGGGAUCCAAGGAGUUUACAUGAACUCGGGUAAUAAUAAAGUAAUAAUAAUAAUAGCUUAUUUC